AGCAUGACAAGCAGACAAAAGAAACUACUUCUUUAGUUCAAAGAACCAAGGAUGAGAGUCAUCAACAGCUACAACAACAGGAGCAGCAACAGAAUAGUCUUCAUGGUUCAUCAUGGCCGAACAUGAGUCCUUGCUCCUCAACGCCUAUGCCAGCGACUGCAAGCCCGAUUCCGGCGACGCCAUUCCCAGAUUGGGCAGCUAGUAUGUCUCCUAUGCAAAUGCAUUCGACUGCGUGGGUUCCCGUUCCGAACCAGCAGAGCAUUCUGGGGACAGCAGGAUUUCAAGUACCGGUAGCCGUUGUAACCAACAAUGUUGAACAGACAGGGCACAACGUGGCUUGGUGGCCGGGAGCAGGAGGAGGC